UGAUCAAUUCAGAUGUUGCCCAGUGUCACUCUGUCUUGUCCAAGGAGAACACAGCCAUGGCUCUGUAUCUCGCUGUCCUUCUGCUGUCUCUGAUUGGUGGAGCACACACGGAGGCCCCGCCCAACUGCUUGGCUGGUGUCCCUGGUAACCCCGGACACAAUGGGCACAAUGGCAGGGAUGGGAAAGAUGGGAGUGAGGGAGUCCCAGGACUCAAGGGGGACAGAGGAGAACCAGGGGUGCCAGUCCCAGGGCCUCCAGGCAAGAUGGGUCCUGCUGGGCCACCUGGUCUUAAAGGAGAGAAGGGGGAAAUGGGUACGCCAGUAGAGUCAGUAAAAACUGAUCCUUUGACCAAGUCCUUGCAGGCAGAUGUCCAGACUUUGAGAUCCAGGUUGUCUCUUAUAGAGAAAGCUACAAGUUUCCGCAUUUUCAGGAAGGUGGGAAUGAAGUACUAUGUGUCUGAGGGGUGGGAAGACACGUUUGAUUCUGGUCGGGAGCUCUGUAGAAAUGCUGGAGGUGAUCUUGCUUUGCCAAAAAGUGAAGAGGAGAACAAAGGUCUUGUGAAGAUGUUGUCAGAUUUAAAGGGAACUAUGGGAUGGAUUAGGGCAAACGACAUGACGACUGAAGGGACCUUUCUGGAUGGGUAUGGGGGCAGACUGAGUUUCAAAAAAUGGAAACAGGGAGAGCCCAAUAAUUAUGGUGGUGCGGAGGACUGUGGUAUGAUCCAGAAAGAGACAGGCUUGUGGAAUGACGUUUCCUGUGAUAGAAAAUAUCACAUAGUAUGCGAAAUUGACAAAUAAGACAAUAUUUCACCAAGACCAAGAUGAGACCAAGGCCUUGGACUUUGAUAUGAAGACUUGUCUUGAGAUAAAGACUGGUCUUGAGAAUCACAUCCCUGUCUGUCAUAAAGCAUAACAGUGGGUUCUGUUUAUCCUGACUGUAAUUAUAAUCAAACCAUAUACUAAGAAGUGAUUUAUGCUAAGCCAUCUACUCUAUGUUCAUUUCUGAAGUACAUUAAAAGUAUUUACAAAA